AUGGUUGAGCAAUACUACGUCGCCGAUAGGGCAGCCGAGAGCAACUUCUCGCACGUGGCCUCUGCCGACCAGGACAUGCAACGUGGGCGCAAGAGAAGACGCAGUCCUCCGGACCUUCAGCGCGAGGACACCCAUCUUGUCUCUGAGGAGUCGGCGACUUUCCGGGGUCGCUGCCGGCACAGGUCGACAUCCAGGCUCGACUUGUCCAGAGCUUCGUCUCGUUUCCGUGGCGGCUCCCUCUCGCCUUCCCGCAAGAAGCUCCUCUACAUUGCCAACAUGCACCGGCGUCGCGACCAGAGUCCUUCCCGCUCUCGCUCUCCUGCUGCUACUGACGCCUCGAAGCGAAGACGCCAGAGGACUCGCAGUCACAGCAGAGACCACCCCCACAAGAGCGCGCAGUUCACUGCCACGGAGGCUUACACGUCAGGACUUCGUCACGAGCUGUUGCGCGACGACGUCAUUAGACCAGUCGAGAACGCAAUCAUUGGCGUCCAACAGACCGGCUGA